AUGGCUGCCGAUGCUGCCAGCGCCACUUUUCUCUCCAUUCUCCUCUCGCUCACCAUCACGCUCUCUCUCGUCUCCCCCUCUCUCGCCAUGUACUGCCACUCCCAAAUCGUACACGGUAUCCCAUUCCCAUACCCGACUAAGUACUCGAACUGUACAGAGUACCUCCACCAUAAAGCCGCCCUCCACUACACCUUCGACCCCGCCAACUCCUCCCUCUCCCUCGCCUUCGCCGCCACCCCGCCCUCCUCCGGCGGAUGGGUCGCCUGGGCCAUCAACCCCACCUCCACCGGCAUGGUCGGGGCGCAGGCGCUGAUGGCGCUCAAGACCUCCACCGGCUCCGUCGUCGCCAAGACCUUCAACAUCUCCUCACACCACUCCGUUGUCGAGUCCGAGCUGUCGUUCGACGUGUGGGACCUGAGCGCGCAUGAGGCCAGCGACGGGACCAUGUGGCUGUUCGCGACGGUGAAGUUGUGCAGGAGGAGCCUGAAUCUGGUGUGGCAAGUCGGCGGUGUGGUCAACGGAACGAGGCCGGGGAUCCAUCAAAUGGCGUUUGCCAACAAGAACGCCAAGGCGACGCUUGAGCUGGGGGCAUAG